CUGUUCAGUUAAGUUCGCUCGAUCGUCUAUAGACAAUUAGAACACAAACCACGAGAGCGAUUCCAAAAUAGUAUCAAAGUUCAAUGCUAUACUUGCUUACACAACCAGAUACCGGUUUCAGUUGUAUUUUAGAAUCUACGGUGAGAGCAUCGACUCUCAGUUUUAAUGUUGAUUUAAAUACAUAUACGUGUACUAAGAAUGAGUAAACAUGGAUUUGAUUCUAACACGAUGACGCUAACGCGGUUCGUGUUAGCAGAACAAUCUAAAGUGCCCAAAGCGACCGGUGAAUUAACUCAGCUUCUAAACGCAAUUCAAACUGCAGUUAAGGUUAUUAGUAGUGCUGUGAGAAGAGCUGGAAUAACUCAUCUUUUUGGUAUUGCUGGAGAAACCAAUGUACAAGGUGAAGAAGUUAAAAAGUUAGAUGUUCUUGCAAAUGAGUUAUUCAUAAAUAUGUUAAAAGCAUCCUAUACGGUUGCAUUAUUAAUUUCUGAAGAGAACGAAACUGUUAUUGAGGUAGAAACGGCACAGAGAGGUAAAUACAUAGUCGCCUUCGAUCCUCUCGAUGGCUCUUCUAACAUAGACUGUCUUGUAUCGAUUGGCUCCAUUUUUGCCAUUAUGAAAAAAGAAGACAAUACUAUUCCGAGCUUAAAAGAUGCCCUACAGCCAGGAACGAAGGUGGUGGCUGCUGGCUACGCCCUCUAUGGUAGUGCUACUAUGAUGGUACUCUCUUUAGGUAAUAGCGUCAAUGGAUUCAUGUUAGAUCCAAGUUUUGGAGAAUUUAUUUUAACUGACAAGGAUUUAAAAAUCCCCAACAGGGGCAAAAUCUAUGCCAUCAACGAAGGUUAUACACACGAAUGGGAUCCAGCCAUCAAAGAAUAUGUAGACAUCAAAAAAGAUCCUGCCAAGGGAAAACCUUACAAUGCAAGAUAUGUAGGUUCUAUGGUCGCAGAUGUUCACAGGACUAUUAAGUAUGGAGGAAUUUUUAUUUAUCCUGCUACUAAAUCGUCUCCAAAUGGAAAACUUCGUUUGCUUUACGAAUGUAUUCCAAUGGCUCAUAUAAUAGAAACCGCUGGCGGAAAAGCUUCUAAUGGAAAAAUAUCAAUUCUGGAUAUUCAACCUACAAGUUUGCAUCAAAGAAGUCCAGUAAUUUUAGGUUCAAAGGACGAUGUUCAGGAUGUUUUGGAAAUUAUUAAGAAGCAUGAAAAGUAAAUUAUACAUAUAAUUUUGGUUGUUAUAAGCAAAAUGAUAUAAAUAUAUUUUCUUAAUGGUU